CAUGAGCUUGCCUGCAAGAAGAAGAUGAAAAGGCAGAAUGAUUCAGUUAAGAGAAAGCAUCAAGAUGAUGGGCUUUUGGCUGCCACCUACAAGCAGGGGAACUUGGAGAUCAUGCAGCAGAAACAGAAAAAGGCAAAGAAGAAGAAGGAACCCAAGUAG